CGCGUCAGCGAGCACGCCGCGACCUCGAAUCGCGACAGCGCACGCGCGAAAUGGCGAUCACUAAAGAAUUCAAUGUCCCCGUGGACAGCGAGCACAAGGCGAUGAAGCUGAACGUCUUCAGCUUUGAUCGCCCGCACCACUUGUCCUUCCACAUGUCCUGGUUGGGUUUCUUCAUCUCUUUCGUCUCGACGUUCGCGGCGGCGCCGAUGAUUCCGGUGAUUCGUGAAGACUUGGGUCUCACGAAGCCGCAGCUCGGGAACGCUGGUUUGGCGGCGGUGACGGGUACUAUUAUUUGCCGCGUGCUGAUGGGUACGGUGUGCGACCUCAUCGGCCCGCGACUCGGUUUGUCGGUUAUUCUUUUGGCCACCGCGCCCUUCUGCUUCGCCAUGGCCAUGGUGCAAGGCUUCGAAGGUUUCCUGAUCUGCCGUUUGGGCAUCGGUCUGGGUCUCGCCACGUUCGUGGCGUGCCAGUUCUGGAUGUCUUGCAUGUUCAACAGCAAGUGCGUCGGUCUCGCCAACGCGACCGCCGCGGGCUGGGGUAACUUGGGCGGCGGAGUCACGCAAUUCUUGAUGCCGGGCAUCUACGCCAUCUGCUACUCGGCGACCAACAGCCGUGCGUUCACUGCCUGGCGUUGGGCGUACAUCUUCCCGGGCAUGUGCCACACCGUAGUCGGUUUGAUGGUCAUGUACCUCGGCCAAGAUUUGCCGGAUGGUAACUACAAGGUGCUCACGACUUCGGGCGCGCUCGAAAAGAAGUCCUCCAUGAAGGUCAACUUGAUCGGCAUGAAGAACUACCGCAUGUGGUGCAUGGUCGCCACCUACGGUUUCUGCUUCGGCGUUGAACUCACGAUGAACAACAUCGUCGCCGGUUACCUCUUUGAUCAAUUCGGCGUCUCCCUCUCUGUCGCAGGCGUGUUGGCGUCUUGCUACGGUAUGAUGAACUUGUUCGCCCGCUCCGUGGGUGGCAUCAUCUCUGACUGGUCUUCUAACCGCUUCGGUAUGCGAGGACGUCUUUGGACUUUGUGGUCCACCCAAACGCUCGAAGGUGUGCUGUGCAUCUUCAUGGGUCUCUCCAAGGACAACUUGGGCGCCACCAUCGCGUUCAUGGUGUUCUUCUCCAUUUGCGUGCAGGCGUCCGAAGGCGCUUCUUACGGUAUCGUGCCGUUCAUCUCCCGCCGCGCUCUCGGUGUCGUCUCUGGUUUCAUCGGUGCUGGCGGUAACGCUGGUGCCACCAUCGCCACCGCCGCCUUCUUCACCAAGGAUUCCAUUGAGACGUACGAAGGUCUCCAGUACCUCGGUUACACCGUCAUCGGCGUCACCGCUUUGGUCAUCCCGAUUCACUUCCCAAUGUGGGGCUCCAUGUUCUUCCCGGCAUCCAAAACGGCCACGGAAGAGGACUACUACAUUCACAACGAGUUCACUCCGGAAGAAAUCAAAGCUGGUCUCGCCGCUCCGGUCCAAAAGUUCUGCAACAACUCUCGCAACGAGCGCCCGGUUUGGAAGCGCGAGCAAGAUGCGGUUGAAGCCUCCGCGUAAUUCUUUUUUACUCUCGCGUCGCAAGAGUGCAUCGUUUAUAAAAAAUCACCUCUACGUAGUGUGUAACA